ACCCAACGUAUAAAACGUUUGCUGGUCGUCAACCUCGGCAUCAAGCAUGAAGACAGCAAAGAUGGCUCGUCUUCACCUGUUGUUCGCCCUUUGCGGGAUCAUCGCACUGGCCCAAGCUAGGUCCAGGUAUAAAAAAGACAAUAACUGUCCUGAAGGCUGGACUCAGUUGGACAAGUACUGUUACAUCUACCAACAUGAUCCCAGGAGCUUUAGAGAUGCAGAGAGUAUCUGCAACAUUCUUGGCGGGAAUCUGGUCUCGAUCAACAGCCUCAAGGAACACGCAGUCGUUGUCGAGCUGAUUCGGGAGGGGGCCGGCGCUGUCGUUGACACCUGGAUUGGAAGCCACGAUGCCAUUGAGGAAGACGAUUUCGUAUGGACCGACGGUGAAGUUGUUAAUUUCAGAAACUUUGGUGCUGGCCAGCCUGACAACGCCGGUGGAGUCGAAGACUGUGUUGAGAUUGGGGCAGAUGACUCGUUGUGGGAUGAUGAUGAAUGCAGCGAGGCCAACCCAUUUGUUUGCAUCAGACCCGUGGACAAAAAAGAUUGCCACUAAUCAGCCGUCAAAUCUUCGAAGAUAUCGUCUUUCCUUAAUCACGAUAACAUGAUCGGGUCACUGAUUCAUGAUUUCUGUUAAGCUCAUUUACAUUGGAAAUUUCCAUUCAAUAAAUUGCUGAAUUUGUCUGAGCAUGACAA